AUGGAAUUUAUGAAAUUAUGUAGUAACCAUAACACCAGUGUUUCUCAGCAGUCAGAUCAUUCAGAAGAAAUCAGGUUCUUUGUGAAUCUGUUCUGUGCAGCAGCAGAGAGAGAACAGCAGACAGGAGAGAAGACACUGGAGCUGUUAUCAUCAGUGUGCAGAUAUGAAAAACUCCCUCUCAAACAGAAAUGGUGUGAUUUCCUGCUGGACCUGUACUCAAAUGAUCCUAAAACAGGUCUGAGUCUCCUUCCAUCAUUACAGUCAGUUUUCCAGUCAGCUCCUGCAGUCUGGAUCAUAAACCUCUCAGAGAGAAAGAGCUCCAUCCUCCUGGAAGUGCUGAAACUCCAAUCAGAGAAGAAACAAGUGGAGCUGAGAGGCUGCUCAGAUGAAGAGAGUGAAGUGAGGAGUUUCCUACAGUGUCUGCCUUAUAUCUCACAGCUCAGUGUUCCUCGGCGGUCAGAUCGUUCUAAAGAAAUCAGGAUCUUUGUGAAUCUGUUCUGUGCAGCAGCAGAGAGAGAACAGCAGACAGGAGAGAAGACACUGGAGCUGUUAUCAUCAGUGUGCAGAUACAAAAUAUUCUCUUUUAAAGACUGGGAUGAUGAUGAUGAAUAUCAGAGUAAUUUCCUGCUGGAUCUGUACUCCCACCUGAAGGACUAUGAGACUAAAACAGGUCUGAGUCUCCUUCCAUCAUUACAGUCAGUUUUCCAGUCAGCUCCUGCAGUCUGGAUCAUAAACCUCUCAGAGAGAAAGAGCUCCAUCCUCCUGGAAGUGCUGAAACUCCAAUCAGAGAAGAAACAAGUGGAGCUGAGAGGCUGCUCAGAUGAAGAGAGUGAAGUGAGGAGUUUCCUACAGUGUCUGCCUUAUAUCUCACAGCUCAGUGUUCCUCGGCGGUCAGAUCGUUCUAAAGAAAUCAGGUUCUUUGUGAAUCUGUUGUGUGCAGCAGCAGAGAGAGAACAGCAGACAGGAGAGAAGACACUGGAGCUGUUAUCAUCAGUGUGCAGAUACAAAACAUUCCCUUUUAAAGAUGAUAAUGAUGAAUAUCGGAGUGAUUUCCUGCUGGAUCUGUGCUCCCACCUGAAGGACUAUGAGACUAAAACAGGUCUGAGUCUCCUUCCAUCAUUACAGUCAGUUUUCCAGUCAGCUCCUGCAGUCUGGAUCAUAAACCUCUCAGAGAGAAAGAGCUCCAUCCUCCUGGAAGUGCUGAAACUCCAAUCAGAGAAGAAACAAGUGGAGCUGACAGACUGCUCAGAUGAAGAGAGUGAAGUGAGGAGUUUCCUACAGUGUCUGCCUUAUAUCUCACAGCUCAGUGUUCCUUGGCGGUUAGAUCUUUCUAAAGAAAUCAGGUUCUUUGUGAAUCUGUUCUGUGCAGCAGCAGAGAGAGAACAGCAGACAGGAGAGAAGACACUGGAGCUGUUAUCAUCAGUGUGUAGAUACAAAACAUUCCCUUUAAAAUAUGAGUAUUAUGAUGAAUAUCGGAGUAAUUUCCUGCUGGAUCUGUACUCCCACCUGAAGGACUGUGAGACUAAAACAGGUCUGAGUCUCCUUCCAUCAUUACAGUCAGUUUUCCAGUCAGCUCCUGCAGUCUGGAUCAUAAACCUCUCAGAGAGAAAGAGCUCCAUCCUCCUGGAAGUGCUGAAACUCCAAUCAGAGAAGAAACAAGUGGAGCUGACAGGCUGCUCAGAUGAAGAGAGUGAAGUGAGGAGUUUCCUACAGUGUCUGCCUUAUAUCUCACAGCUCAGUUAUGAUCCUGGUUGGUCAGAUCGUUCUAAAGAAAUCAGGUUCUUUGUGAAUCUGUUGUGUGCAGCAGCAGAGAGAGAACAGCAGACAGGAGAGAAGACACUGGAGCUGUUAUCAUCAGUGUGCAGAUACAAAACAUUCCCUUUUAAAGAUGAGGAGGAUGAUGAUGAUGAUGACUUAAAGGAAUAUCAGAGUGAUUUCCUUCUGGAUCUGUGCUCCCACCUGAAGGACUAUGAGACUGAAACAGGUCUGAGUCUCCUUCCAUCAUUACAGUCAGUUUUCCAGUCAGCUCGUGCAGUCUGGAUCAUAAACCUCUCAGAGAGAAAGAUCUCCAUCCUCCUGGAAGUGCUGAAACUCCAAUCAGAGAAGAAACAAGUGGAGCUGAGAGGCUGCUCAGAUGAAGAGAGUGAAGUGAGGAGUUUCCUACAGUGUCUGCCUUAUAUCUCACAGCUCAGUGUUCCUUGGCGGUCAGAUCUUUCAGAAGAAAUCAGGUUCUUUGUGAAUCUGUUCUGUGCAGCAGCAGAGAGAGAACAGCAGACAGGAGAGAAGACACUGGAGCUGUUAUCAUCAGUGUGCAGAUACAAAACAUUCCCUUUUAAAUAUGAUGAUGAUGAAUAUCAGAGUGAUUUCCUGCUGGAUCUGUACUCCCACCUGAAGGACUAUGAGACUAAAACAGGUCUGAGUCUCCUUCCAUCAUUACAGUCAGUUUUCCAGUCAGCUCGUGCAGUCUGGAUCAUAAACCUCUCAGAGAGAAAGAGCUCCAUCCUCCUGGAAGUGCUGAAACUCCAAUCAGAGAAGAAACAAGUGGAGCUGACAGGCUGCUCAGAUGAAGAGAGUGAAGUGAGGAGUUUCCUACAGUGUCUGCCUUAUAUCUCACAGCUCAGUGUUCCUCGGUGGUCAGAUCUUUCAGAAGAAAUCAGGUUCUUUGUGAAUCUGUUCUGUGCAGCAGCAGAGAGAGAACAGCAGACAGGAGAGAAGACACUGGAGCUGUUAUCAUCAGUGUGCAGAUACAACACAUUCCCUUUUAAAUAUGAGGAGGAGGAUGAUUAUGAUGACUUAAAGAAAUAUCAGAGUGAUUUCCUGCUGGAUCUGUGCUCCCACCUGAAGGACUGUGAGACUAAAACAGGUCUGAGUCUCCUUCCAUCAUUACAGUCAGUUUUCCAGUCAGCUCCUGCAGUCUGGAUCAUAAACCUCUCAGAGAGAAAGAGCUCCAUCCUCCUGGAAGUGCUGAAACUCCAAUCAGAGAAGAAACAAGUGGAGCUGAGAGGCUGCUCAGAUGAAGAGAGUGAAGUGAGGAGUUUCCUACAGUGUCUGCCUUAUAUCUCACAGCUCAGUGUUCCUCGGCGGUCAGAUCGUUCUAAAGAAAUCAGGUUCUUUGUGAAUCUGUUGUGUGCAGCAGCAGAGAGAGAACAGCAGACAGGAGAGAAGACACUGGAGCUGUUAUCAUCAGUGUGCAGAUACAAAACAUUCCCUUUUAAAGAUGAUAAUGAUGAAUAUCGGAGUGAUUUCCUGCUGGAUCUGUACUCCCACCUGAAGGACUGUGAGACUAAAACAGGUCUGAGGGUCCUUCCAUCAUUACAGUCAGUUUUCCAGUCAGCUCCUGCAGUCUGGACCAUAAACCUCUCAGAGAGAAAGAUCUCCAUCCUCCUGGAAGUGCUGAAACUCCAAUCAGAGAAGAAACAAGUGGAGCUGAGAGGCUGCUCAGAUGAAGAGAGUGAAGUGAGGAGUUUCCUACAGUGUCUGCCUUAUAUCUCACAGCUCAGCUGUGAUCCCGAGUUCUUCCAGAGAGUGUGUUCACUGAUCUCUGUCAGAUCCAGAGAGGAGGCCGAGCAGUUGUCCUCUGUGCUGCAGCUGCUGGGCUUCAGCCUGCUGUUAACAGGAGAGUUACGCAGCAAAACCUGCCGGUCUGUGGGGACAGUUGUCAGACUUUGUGGCUCUGAUGUAGAUCUCAUCCUCACACCAAGAAAGAUGUCUGUCAGAGGAGCCUCCCUCCUCUUUAGACGUACAACACAACUUCACAGUCUGAAGCUUUCCACAGACAUGGCCUUGUUAAUGUGUCGAUGGGUCAGAAGAGGGACAGUGGCCUGUCGGCUGACUAUGGAAGAGCUUUCUCUCUCCUCUCAGACAGCCCAACCAUCAGAGAGAGGGCUGAUGAAGGUUGUCAGUAGUUUGGCUUCCCUGCUGAGAUACUGGACAGUCCGACGGUUAGACCUGACGGAGGUCUGUGUUCCUGCUCAGGGUCUCAUUCCUCUGCUGCUUCAUGAUGGUCCUCUAACAAUCAAACUGAGUGAGAAGGUUUUGCAGCCACUACUCUCCGUCCUCCAUGAAAUCCAGGAUGAGGCCUUGACCUGUUCCUUCUUGAGGAAGGUUGGUGGAGAGCUGACAUCCUGCUGUCUGAACUGGGAGCUCCUUCACCAUCUGCUGCUGCAGUCGAGAGUUCACCGCCUGCUUCCCUUUCUGGACACGAUUGUGUUCAAAAGACCCUGUCCCAGCUUUGUGUUGACCGCCAUCAGAGAGAUCUAUAAAGCUCGAGCCAGUCCCGUUAUACCCAGUUUACUGAGGUCAUUGGAUGAUGUCAUCAACCUGACCUGCAGACAGAUGGACUCGGAGGACUUUGCUGCUCUGCUCUUCACCCUGAGACACAGUGACAGAGUUCAACUGAACCUCACGUGGACCUCCAUACCAGCAGGGGACAUAAAGUCCAUCCUCUUAAUGCUGGACAAAGUCUCUCAUCUCAGUGUUGACAGGAAUCAGCUGCUGAGGUUGGUCCACUGCUGCGCUGCCUCCGAGGCCCAGCAGGGGGCAGCAGCCGGCCUGCUCAGGACUCUGCAGCACCGGCUGGAUCUGUCCUGCUGCUCCAGUGUGGAGCUGGACCAUCAGAGUGACUCUCUCAGUCUGACUGCUGAGGACUGCAGGGCCGUCUCCACCAUCCUGACACACAGCAGCAGAGACACACAGCUCCUCCUGCAGGACUGUGAGCUGGAGGACAGCGGCCUGGACCUGCUGUUUCCUGUCCUGCACAGAGUCCGUCUCAGAGCCAGUAAAGCUGUCCUCCUCCGGCUGGUGUCCCUGGUUCCUGUGGACAGUGAGAGGGACUCAGUGAGACGGGCAGUGUCCCUCCGUACAGCCCUGGAUGGACAGCUGGACCUCAGUCACAGCACGCUGGAUCAGAGGGCCUGUGGAGCUCUGGCCCUGAUGCUGGACUUCAGUGAAGAGCUGCCAGAGCUGGACCUGAGUCACUGUGGACUCACUGACCAGCUGCUGCUCACACUCAGCGCACAUCUGCACAAAGUUCAAGUCCUGGAUCUGAGUCACAAUAACAUCACGGAUGCUUCAGCUGACCUGUUACUGCGACUGUCCAUCAACCCGUCCACUGACACCGUGCGACUCUUCGGGAACAACAUUGUGGACAGAACCUCCUUUAAGAAAGACCAGCGCUUUGAGAUGUGGUGAAGCUGUCGUCGGUGUGUAAGAUCUCCUUCUACCACCUCAGGAACAUUACCAAACUGCGUCUCACACUCUGUCCGAUGCAGAACAACCCCGUGCACAGCUUGGCCUCCUGAAGGCGGGACUACUGUAACGUUCUCGUCAUCAGGACUUCUAGCUGAGCCUUCGACGACUUCACUACAUCCAGAACAGCUCCGCUAGGGUCCUAACGAAGGUACGGAAAUACCACCACAUCACCCCCAUCCUUCACUCUCUCCACUGGCUUCCUGUCUCCUUCAGGACCAAGUACAACAUCUCGCUGCUCACCCAUCAGUGUAUCCAUGGAA